UCUAUUCAUCGAUUAUUCUGUCUCUUUUUCGUCAUAAAAAAAUAGUUCAUCUGUUCAGACGUGUUUAGUUAUCGUGAUGAAAGCAGGCAAAAAGUAGCAUAUUCCGAGUGUUUUUGUGCGAACGUAGUUAGUUCUUUGCGUUAUCCAGUCGUUUUACUUUGUUAUCGUAGCGAAAACGGCCUUUAAAACGCGCAAAUUGAAGUCAAAAGAGCAAGUUCUCGGAGGCCAAAGUAGGGGCUGAAAUAGCAAAAACACAAAGGUAAGUUCAGGUAAAACAAGUCAAAGGCCACCUUUAGAAAAGAAGCGAGAGAGGGAGUACCAUGUCCGAGGCCAUGAGUGCCCCGCCGCCACUGAUUCCGCAGCUGCAGGAGAUGCAGCAGCAGCAACAGCAACAGCAGCAACAGGGGGGUAAUCCCGCCGCUCUGGCCCAGCAAUGGAGUAACUACGCCUGGUAUGCCAACCAAAACGUCGCCUACCAGCAGCAAUAUCAACAGUACUACCAGUACUAUAUGCGCUACCAGCAGCAACAACAGCAACAGCAGGUAACCUCGACGGUCAGCGCGUCGAAUGCGCCGCCCGGCUUCAGCAAUGCGCUGGCGGCACCGCCGCCCUUACCCUCGGGUCCGCCGCCUCCUCCUCCGCCCAAAUGCGGCCAGCCAACUGGGCAAAACAAGCAGCAACAACUACAGCAGCAGCAGCAAAAGAAUUUCGGGGGAAUACGUUUUAAUUUGAAUUUAAACCAAAAGCGUUUGGCAAGUGCACCCAAUCCCCUACAACAGCAGCAGCAACUUCAACAGCAGCAACAGCAACAUCAGCAACAGCAGCAUCAGCAACAGCAGCAUCAACAGCAACAACAGGUUAUGCAAUUGUACAACAAUAACAACAACAACAACAGCAACAAAAAGAAGCGCAAGCGUAACAACAAAAACAAAAGCUUUGAGCAAACCGCAUAUAGCAAUCCGUUUUCCAAUCAACCACAAGCUACACCCAUAGCACCACCACCGCCCAUUAUUAGCGCCAGCGAAGUGUGCGUGCCGGGCACUCCGGAUUUAAGCAAGCCACCACCACCAUUGCCUUUGGCCAUAGUGGCUCCCACAGAGAAUCCCCAACAGCAACAUCAACAGCAGCAGACCGCUUCUCCUGCUCCAGCGCAGACUUCCACCUUUAAGCGCCCUAACAGUUAUCAAAUGGCCUCUAACGACUCUUGGCCUGAUGCCCUCAAUCAAUAUGUGGCACGUUGUUACUCAAAGUGCAACACGGACCUCGACAAGGAUCAGAUUGACAUAUGCCUGAAGGGCAAAAUUAUAGCGGCGGCCAAUCGCAAUGAGCUGUGGACGCGGGACUGGGACAACGAGCCCAUGCCCACGGUGCACAGCGAGCGGGAUGGCAUCGAUGUGGUGCUGAGCAACGUGACUCCCCCGCAGCCGCAGCGAAGCAACUACUUCCAGAAAAAGCUGGAGCAGGAGAGGGAGCGGGAGCGAGACCACGAGCCGGAGAAGGCUCCAACCAAGGCCACCCCGGGUAUCGUAAAUCAGUUCAAGCAGAAGGUCAAUCAGUUCAACAAGUCCUCAUCCAGCUACGGUUCCCAUCACCACUCUUCGUCGUCCAGGUACUCCAGGAGUCGUUCGCGUUCGCACUCAUCCUCUAACUCGUUGAAGUACUCGAGCAAAAAGCGGUACUCGCGGUCGCGCUCACGUUCGCGUUCCCGCUCGCGGUCCCCUCGCUCCCGAUCGUGCUCCCGCAGUAGCGAUGCCAGCAGUCCCCCGGCGCGUAAAGUUAUCCGCAAAUCGGGCUCGAACGAAUCCCUAAAUUUCAUACCACUCACCGCGAAUCUAUCCCGCAAACAGCAGAAAAUGCUGAUGAAGAAGGGCAAGCGAGCAGCCGCAGCUGCAGCAGCGGCCGCUGGCUCCGGAGGUAACUCCGGCCAGGCAAAAAAGAAGCCUCAUUUCUACUCCAACCAGUCGUCCAUUGGCGGAGCCGUUGAUGAUGACACAGCGCGCUUGCAACAGCGUGCGGCACGAUUCUCACAGCAGAGCUCCAGCUCCGCCAAGAAAUCUGUCGUCGCCAUUGCAAGCUCACCGUUUGGUCUCACCACGGCCAAGAACAAGAGGAAGAUGAUGCAGCAACAGCAGCACCAACAACAUCGCACUUCCUUUUACGAGGACACAGAGGCGGCUGGCGGCUUAGAUCUUCUAGAUUUGCAUAUUGUAGGCACUUGUAGGGACCUAGAAAAAUCAUUUUUGCGUCUCACAAAGGCGCCGUCGCCAAUGGAGGUGCGACCUGUCGAGGUGCUAACCCACUCCCUAGUUAAUGUGAAGGGAAAAUGGCGUGCAAAUCAGGAUUACCACUAUGCGUGUGAUCAGCUGAAAUCCAUCAGACAGGAUUUGACUGUCCAGGGUAUUCGCGAUCAGUUUACGGUGGAGGUCUAUGAGACCCACGCUCGCAUCGCCAUGGAAAAGGGAGACCACGAGGAGUUUAACCAGUGCCAGACGCAACUGAAGAUGCUGUACAUGGAGAUUGGCGGAAAGAGCGCCAAUGCGUUGGAGUUCACGGCCUAUCGCAUACUCUAUUACAUUUUCACAAAGAAUACCUUGGACAUAACCACUGUCCUCCGUUCGAUUACGGCUGAUCAGCGCGAGAAUCCUGUCAUUGCGCACGCCCUUCAAUUCCGCUCUGCGUGGUCGCUGGGCAACUACUGCAAAUUGUUUUCCCUGUACAAGACGGCGCCUCUUAUGUCUGGCCACAUGAUUGAGUGGUUCCUGGAGAGAGAGCGCAAGGCUGCCUUGCGAGUCAUUAUUAAAUCUUAUCGUCCCAACAUUAGUGUUGACUAUAUUACCAAUAUUCUGGCCUUCGAAAGCUCCGAAAAAUGCAAAGAAUGGCUUGACACCUUCAGUUUGCCCUACGCCGCCAAUGGUGCGCAAGUCGAUUGUAAAAACGCAGCUGCCGUUGCCAUUUGAGGCGAAUUCCACAGAAAGUAGAUUAGCUACUGAGAAACACUAUUUAAAUUCGUACCUGAUUUCCGAAUUUUUCGGAUAUUAGUGUCCUUUUUCGAAAGCGGAUGUGACUCCCCUGGCCCUGUUUAACACAAUUUGUACAUAUUUUUAUAGAUCGCGAUUCCCCUGCGUUUCACAGAUAGGAUUUGCUUUAUUUCCUCUCGCAAGCUUUCGGUUGUCUUGUAAAUUCUUCGCUUUAGAACUCCGAAGGUCUACUGUUCUUUGUAGGGAUCAACAGUUUUCACAAGGAAUCAAGGAUACAGAAAACUUCAAAGGAAACAUUAACUCUACAUCAAUUCGAAGCAGAAGAAAAAUAAGAACAAAGUCAAUAAGAGCACUGGAGUGGUCGCAUUUCCGGAUGGUUCAACUAAGGAUAUCACAAAGCUUAAACUUUCAACGAUGAUGCCAUAUCCCCGAAUUUAAUCUUUCACAGCUGUACUGGGAUUAGCCGAACUUCUGAAAUAUCCAGCUUGGAUUGGAAAAGGCGUGUUCGAUUAAUGCCAGACUUCUGAAUUUAACAUUGGAACCCAGGAUCAACAAUUGCGGAAAUCCUCUACAUAGUUUGUUUUGGCUUCAAAAAUCUUAGUCGCUAUUCAGGAAUAUUCAUAAGUGAAUAUGAAAUUGGAUAACAUUGGCUUUGAUAACAUGUUCGUCACUUCAACGUUGGUCUACAUCUACAUCACUUGUUUAAGAAAGCAGCCUUCUUUAUGUACAUUUUUAACCAAACAAAUCCAGCAACGUCGUAUGAAUUCAACCAAAACUUAACCUAAAACACAAAGUGCGAGACCUCUUAAUGAACAUAAAUAACUCGAGAACUAAAGUGAAUUAAUGCCAAAAGAGGUCACGACCGUCUUAAAUAACAACUCCAUUAAACCUGUACACCCGCAAAACUAACACGAAAUAAUACACAUGCAGACGAACAAGAACAGAUGCGAUCACCAAACUCCCAGAGCACAAGUGCUGCAGUGCGCUGAACACUUUCUUCGAUUCGUUGUGAUUAUUUACUCAUUUUAACGCCCUUUGAUCACUUCAUUUUUUGAACUAGUUUUAAGGUUUAGGCUUAAUGUUUGUUGUCUUAUUUAAAUUAUUGAAAAGGAUUAUACUAAUGUUCUGUCUCUCUAUUGUAUACCUGUAUAUAUACAACCAUCAAAUCCACCACCACCAAGAACCACAACAAGAACGAGCCUGCAUGAAAAUUCUUCGGAUGUUCAAAGUCAAGUCACCAUUUCGGAUUAUGGCAACGUCAACCUGGUCUUCCCCGUCACCACUCAUCCGUCAAAAGGGAGUAAAAAGUCGUCAGAUAUUCUCGACAUUUGUAAGCUCUUCCAAUUUUAAAUCGUCUUACUAAAGGAAAUUGUAUACAGAUUUUGAUUAUAUGGGGUAGUACAUAAGUAAUUGGCUAAGAUCCUGUAUUCAGUGCUUUUUUAAAUGAGGGAGUAAAAAGAAACUAUAUAUUCUAAUAUUAUAUAGUUAAUUGCAGUAAAUAGACUAGGAUUAUAGGUAUCUGCUUAGGUUAAGUUUACCUGUUAUAUUUAUUUUUAAUUUUCUUGAAUGUUGGAAAAAUAAUGGAAAAGAACUCAAGAAUUUCAAAUGCAUCUUCAAUUAUUCAUGCAAAAUAUGGGAGUCCGUUUGCAUGGAUAGUGAGAGUUAUAAUCGCGCUUUAAAAAAUAAACAGAACAAAACAAAACAAA